AUGAUCGACCUCAAAAGCAUCUUCCCAACGAUAACGGCGUUCAUAGCAUUCAUCAUCACGAUGUGCUGCCUCUUCGCCGGAACACAGAAGAAUCUUCUUGACAGCGUAAACCUACUCACAAUCUACACCCCCGAAGGCUCCUCCCUCUCCCCCACCUUCUCCCCCUUAUCAUCAACAACCCCAGCCCACACCUUCUACUCCGUCCACGUAAUGUCCUACUGCCAAGGAACCCUCGGCCCCGCGCCCCCCGGCGCAACAGACCUCUACUCCUCGCGCAACGUAACAGACUGCUCCAACCGAACGAUUCUCUUCGCCUUCGACCCGACAGCAGCCUGGCCGAAGGAGGUCACGCAUGGACCCGCGCUGGAGUGGCCGCGCAUUAUCAGUGAUGAUUUCCAUGCGUUCCGGAUGACGAGUCGCGCGAUGGCCGUGUUGUAUAUUAUUGGGGUUGGGGCUGUGGGGACGGUGUUGUUGGUUAAGGGGGUGCAGGUGGCUAUGCCGAAGCCGCAGUAUGGGAUGUUGGAGGUUGGGUUUUUGGUGCUCGGCUCGCUCAGUAUAAGCAUCGCAUCAAUCAUCGCCACGGCCCUCGCCUUUGAAUUCGUGGCACUUAUCAACGCGCAUGGUGAUGGAUCAAACGUUUCAGCCCGCUACGGCGACAAAUUCCUCGGAAUGACAUGGGCAUCGACGGGACUAUUAAUUGCGGGCAGUUUGACCAGCUUCAUGAAUGUGUUUGUUCGGGGUGCGCCUGCACCCAAGGAACCUGCGCCGGCGAAGGAUGAGGAGGAGGGUUGA